CCGAGCCGACGACAGUACAACAGGAGAGACAAAACCUGGCCGAUAUUCUACUCAACACAAUGCGUGCCGUCAUCUGAAAAAGCACAAUGGGGGAACCUCAUUCCCGAUCUACACAGCAGCUACAGAACGAUCUCACCCAUAACGUGAAGACGCUGGCAGCAGCCGUUAAGGUCGCGGACUCCCAGCUGAAACAGAUGGACGCCCGCAUUGCUGCUCUGGAGGCAAGGCCUUCCCAAGCAGCGCCAGGCUGCAUGACAGACACGAAGAAGCAGCUCAACGGGCGCAUCGACCAUGUCGUCAAUCUCAUCGGCGACCUAGGUGCUUUCACUGGUCCAGACACGAUCAGCAGCACGGUGGCCGCCAUCAAGACGGACAUCACCAAGCUGCAGACAAGACCGGGCGCUGCUACUAAGAACUACAAGAUGCGGCACUUCAACAUCAGCAAGUUCGACGACUACAACAAGACAGACGCCUUGACAUGGUGGCAAGGUUUCCUCACGGAAGCAUCUUGCCGCACUGUCCUGGCUGAAGACAUGUUGAAGGCGCUCUACCUACAACUGAUUGGAGGAGCACAGGCAUGGAUGAACCAUCUGGCGGCAACCAAGCAAUGCACCAUCGCCGAACUCCACACGCACAUUACGUGGAAGGAGUUCGAGCAACUAUGGUUCACUCGGUUCAUGGUCCGCAACGUCGUGAAGGCGGCCAUGAACGAGGUGUAUACCAGCUCACAAGGAAGCAUGCCAACUCGAGACUGGCCAAGUAAGUGGCAGAAGAUAGUAACCACGCCAGGCUUCGAUUUGAGCUUUCCAAACCAACGAUCCGAGUUUUUCUCGCGAUCGUGCGUAGGAUUGCGGUCGGCACUCGGCAACGAGUACGACUAUGCCUCGUUCCAGGCUAUUAUGGAUCGCGCGAACCUGGUUAUCCAAACGGACGACAAGGCCGCUAACGAGAAGCAGUCCCAGCCGCAUUAUGUGGCUAAGCAGGGCUAUCAACGACCGACACAUAACAAUGCCGUGAUUUCUGAAGAAACAGUCGAUCUCCACGCUGCAGCAGCAUCCUCGGGAUAUGGAGGAGUUCUUGCAGCGCUCCCGCCGAAGCGUCCCAAGAGAGUUCGAAAGAACAAGGCAACAGAAGCGACGACAUCAGCAGGAAUUGGGCAGCAACCAUGGACGACAUACAAGAUAACCAAGGAAGUAUAUGACCUUCGUCAACGUUGUUCACCUUACGGUGCCCCUGUUCUCUUCGUCCGGAAGAAGAACAAAGAUCUACGGUUAUGCAUCGAUUAUCGCAAACUUAACGCACAAACCGUAAAGAACAAAGAUCUACGGUUAUGCAUCGAUUCCCUUCGUCCGGAAGAAGAACAAAGAUCUACGGUUGAUGAUCUCCUUGAGCGGUUAGGCGGCGCCACGUACUUCUCGAAGUUGGACUUGAAGUCAGGUCACCACCAGACCGAAAUCCAGCCUCAAGAUCGGUACAAAACCGCGUUCAAGACGCGGUACGGGCACUUUGAGUGGGUCGUCAUGCCAUUUGGCCUCACCAAUGCCCCCGCAGCUUUCCAAGCAGCGAUGACGACUGAGUUUCGUGACUUGCUCGAUCGCAGCGUCCUCAUCUACCUUGAUGACAUCUUGGUUUAUAGUCGGAUGCUGGACGAGCACAUCGUACACCUUCGCGUUGUUUUGGAUCGUUGCGACUGGCCAAGUACAAAGCGAAUCUCGACAAUUUGCCACCGUAACAAGGGUCAAUCUCGAGUCCCCUUCCGCGAACUGAAACCGUUGUCGAUUCCUCGGGCACCGCGCCUCUCCAUUGCUAUGGACGUGACAGGCCCGUUCCCCCACGAUCGCCUCGGCCAUGACGGUAUUCUCACGGUCGUUGACCGUUUGAGCAAGUAUGCUCGCUUUCUUCUGUGCAAGUAUCAUGCUGCAGCGCCUGAGCUCACACGACUCUUGCACACCGGUUGGAUUACCAACCAGGGUGUUCCGGAAGACAUAGUAAGCGAUCGAGAUACUCGCUUCAUGUCGGCCUUUUGGACUUCCCUUAUGGCUGAGUCCGGCACGACAAUGAAGUCGAGCUUGGCUCGGCACCCGCAGACGGAUGGCCAAACGGAGCGAGCACACCAGACCGCUCAGAUGAUGUUGCGUACGCUCAUCCGUCCCGACCAGAAAGAUUGGGUUGACCGGCUUCCUGACAUUGAGUUCGCCUACAACACUUCGGUGCAUCCGGCGAUCUGCAUCACACCAUUCGAGCUACAUCAUGGUGGAGAGAAAGCACGGAUCUUCGCUGAUCUCCUUCUGCCACAAGCUGCCGACAUAGACGUCCCUUGCUCUCCCGCUUCCGUUCGGAAGUACCGGGACUUGCUGAUCAAAGCCCGCGCGAAUAUGCAAAAGGCUCAGAUCCGCAUGCAACAACAGGCUAACCGACGCCGAGUUCCAUGUCCUUUCCGCGAGGGAGACCUUGUUUGGGUCCUCUCCGAGGAAUUCGUGCUCGAGCAGGACGUUUCGCGCAAACUCCUUCCGAAAUGGUUCGGACCAUGGGAAGUCACUUCUGUCGUUGGAGACGACCCCGCAGGUCCUUCCUUUGUGGUCAACAUUCCUUCGCACCUUCCAGUGCACCGGGUCUUCCACGCGUCGAAGCUGGCCAUCUACACGCCACCUUCCACCGACGAGUUUCCCAACCGUCGAUCACAGGAUCCGCCUUCUAUGGACGGACAUCAGGAAGUCGACCGAGUCAUCACGCACCGCAAGUAUGGCAACAAGCCAAUGCAGUUCAAAGUCACAUUCAAGCAAUGUGCGCCUGAUGACACUCGGUGGAUCUCUAGUGCAGACUUGCAGACUUCUGCACCCCUUAUUUUCGCCGACUAUGAGAAGCGACGCGUUGCUAAGGAAGCAGCUCGGGGGGGCGACGAGGCCGGGAUGGAGCAGGGGAGAAAUCGGGAUGGAGCGACGAGGUCGGGAUGUGGGGGAGGGGGCGACGAGGUCGGGAUGGAGAAAGGGAGGAAUCGGGAUGGGGCGACUAGAUCGGGAUGCGAGGGAGGGGUCCAAUGGUCGGAAUGGUUGGAGGGUCGGGAUGGGGAGGGGGGGAAUCGGGAUGGUGAAGAGAGGGGAGGAAGUCAGAACGGGAAGAUAGUCGGAGUGUCGGGAUGGGGAGAUGGUCGGGGGGUCGGGAUGAGGAGGGGGGAAAUCACUGGGCGGAUGGCGAGGGGGAAGUCGGGAUGCGGAGGGGAGGCGGGAUGGAGAAAGGGAGGAAUCGGGAUGGGGCGACGAGAUCGCAAUGCGAGGGAGGGAUCCGGUGGUCGGGAUGGUCGGAAGCUCGGGAUGGGGAGGGGGGGAAUCGAGAUGGUGAGGAGAGGGGAGGAAGUCGGAACGGGGAUAUGGUCGGAGUGUCGGGAUGGGGAGACGGUCGGGGGGUCGGGAUGGGGAGGGGCACUUUCGCCGAGAUUAUCGACAAGGCGAGAGAGAUCAUCAAGACCAACAGGAUCAGGGCAAGGAGGAUGUGCGACCCCGCCUCAGCUCGGGAAACUGAGCUCCGCGGAAGGUGAGGCGACUCCACCUUCUACUCCGCCAGAUUCGGCCGCCUUGCUAGCGGCCUCUUGCACAUCUGAGGAGAACGCGAAUGUCGCAAGUUCUCGUUACACUUACGAGGACUAUGCUGUCCACUUGGUUCCACCGCUGGACCAACCGCUCCACGUGCAACAAUCCAUCGCAUGCACGGUUUCAUCACCAUCGGCAGCCGAUUCGGCAGCUUCGCCGCAAUCUAUCGCCAGGGAUUCGACGUCAUGGUCAAGACUUGAAGAGCUCGACCCAUUGACGUUCACGUACUUCCAGUGGAUGCCCGUUCCCUCGACCGGACGAUUGUCGAAACCGCAUUGCAACGUGCUCAUGGCACAAUUGCGGGAUUACUUGCACACUGCAGUACCAGCUCCGUUGAUGGACGCCGGAGCAGAGGUUGUCGACCUUCACACUUACAUCGCGAAGAUCGACCACAAGUUCAAGGCGCAACGGUACGACGACAUUGACGCACCAUUGCUAUACAUACGCAUUCAGAUUGGAGAGGCGACCUGCAGUGCCUUGAUCGAUUGCGGAGCAUCUCGGAACUACAUCAACCAGGACUUCAUGGUGCGGGCCGGCCUUGGCCCACGCGUCCGGAGCAAGCCCCAGCCUACGCAAGUCACAUUGGCGGACGGUCACACGCACAAGUCAAUCGACCGAUGCAUUGACAACGUCCCAGUGUACUUUGCCCCUCAUGCAAGUGAGGCGGUGUCCUUUGACAUUCUGGACACCAAAUUCGACAUGAUCUUGGGCAUGUCAUGGCUGUGAAGCGAGGAUCACCCGGUGAACUUCUWCCRCCGCACCGUUCACRUUCGUGAUCGGAACGGAGUACUAGUUUCAUGCACGGUGGCUCUUCCUCAUCCUUCGAUCAGCUGCCACAUGGUAUCCGCAGCAAGCAUGCG